CCGCAGGUUGGAGCGGACCAGCAGGCGGAACCUUUCGGAAGCGCCUCCGGUAAACAAGCGCAGCGGGGACACUCUAGGACGACGCACGCCCGUCUCCGCGUGCUGUCGGCUUGGAGCAGCGCGGGCGGAUGUGAGCGUUCUGUCGACUCCCUCCUUUGCCGUGAGUGGAAUGGACGUGCUAGCGGAGGAGUUCGGGAGCCUGACCCCGGAGCAGCUGGCGGCGCCGAUCCCGACCGUAGAGGAAAAAUGGAGGCUGCUGCCAGCGUUUUUAAAGGUGAAAGGCCUUGUGAAACAGCACAUAGACUCCUUUAACUAUUUCAUUAAUGUAGAGAUUAAGAAGAUAAUGAAAGCCAAUGAAAAGGUUACAAGCGACGCUGACCCCAUGUGGUACUUAAAAUAUCUUAAUAUCUAUGUUGGACUUCCUGAUGUUGAAGAAAGCUUCAAUGUAACGAGACCGGUGUCCCCCCAUGAGUGCCGUUUGAGGGACAUGACGUACUCUGCCCCAAUCACAGUGGACAUUGAGUAUACCCGAGGCAGCCAGAGGAUAAUCCGCAACGCCUUACCCAUUGGCAGAAUGCCCAUCAUGCUGCGAAGUUCAAACUGUGUGCUGACGGGGAAAACUCCAGCGGAGUUUGCCAAAUUGAACGAAUGUCCAUUGGACCCAGGCGGCUACUUCAUUGUUAAAGGAGUCGAAAAAGUCAUUCUUAUCCAAGAGCAGCUGUCCAAGAACAGGAUCAUCGUGGAGGCAGACAGGAAAGGGGCCGUCGGAGCCUCAGUCACCAGCUCCACUCACGAGAAAAAAAGCAGAACCAACAUGGCUGUGAAGCAGGGACGGUUUUAUCUGAGGCACAACACUUUGUCUGAAGAUAUACCCAUUGUCAUCAUAUUUAAGGCCAUGGGUGUCGAGAGUGACCAGGAAAUUGUGCAGAUGAUUGGAACAGAGGAGCACGUGAUGGCUGCGUUUGGGCCCAGCUUGGAGGAGUGCCAGAAAGCUCAGAUUUUCACACAGAUGCAGGCGUUAAAAUAUAUAGGGAAUAAGGUAAGAAGACAAAGAAUGUGGGGAGGUGGACCAAAGAAAACAAAAAUAGAAGAAGCAAGAGAACUCCUGGCUUCUACCAUUCUGACCCAUGUACCUGUUAAGGAAUUCAACUUCCGAGCUAAGUGCAUCUACACCGCAGUGAUGGUGCGAAGAGUGAUUCUAGCCCAAGGAGAUAAUAAAGUCGAUGACAGAGACUAUUAUGGUAACAAGCGACUGGAAUUGGCGGGACAGCUCUUAUCUCUUCUUUUUGAAGAUUUGUUCAAAAAAUUUAAUUCAGAAAUGAAGAAGAUUGCAGACCAGGUGAUUCCUAAGCAAAGAGCAGCCCAGUUUGAUGUUGUGAAGCACAUGCGGCAGGACCAGAUCACCAACGGCAUGGUGAACGCCAUCUCCACUGGCAAUUGGUCUCUAAAGAGAUUUAAAAUGGACCGCCAGGGUGUGACCCAGGUGCUGUCUCGGUUGUCGUAUAUUUCUGCACUCGGCAUGAUGACAAGAAUCUCUUCCCAGUUUGAAAAAACAAGAAAAGUGAGUGGUCCUCGUUCUCUCCAGCCAUCUCAGUGGGGGAUGCUGUGUCCCUCUGACACACCUGAAGGAGAGGCCUGUGGUUUGGUUAAAAACUUGGCCCUUAUGACACAUAUUACAACUGACAUGGAGGACGGACCUAUUAUUAAGUUAGCUGGUAACCUGGGAGUAGAAGAUGUGAAUUUACUAUGUGGCGAAGAACUCUCUUACCCCAAUGUGUUUCUUGUCUUCCUGAAUGGCAACAUCCUAGGUGUCAUCCGAGACCAUAAAAAGCUUGUCAGUACAUUUCGGCUGAUGCGAAGAGCAGGCUACAUCAAUGAAUUUGUUUCUAUCUCUACAAAUCUUACAGACCGCUGUGUUUAUAUUUCCUCUGAUGGAGGACGGUUGUGCAGGCCUUACAUAAUUGUCAAGAAACAAAAGCCGGCAGUCACAAAUAAGCAUAUGGAAGAGUUGGCUCAAGGUUACAGGAACUUCGAAGAUUUUUUACACGAGAGUCUAGUUGAAUACUUAGAUGUGAAUGAAGAAAAUGAUUGUAACAUUGCACUCUACGAGCACACGAUUAAUAAAGAUACCACCCACCUGGAGAUUGAACCCUUCACUCUUCUUGGUGUUUGUGCUGGCCUCAUCCCAUACCCGCAUCAUAACCAGUCUCCAAGGAACACCUACCAGUGUGCCAUGGGCAAGCAAGCCAUGGGUACCAUUGGAUACAACCAGCGAAACAGAAUUGAUACACUUAUGUAUCUACUGGCAUAUCCACAGAAACCCAUGGUUAAAACGAAGACCAUUGAGUUGAUAGAUUUUGAGAAAUUGCCAGCUGGACAGAAUGCAACCGUUGCUGUGAUGAGUUACAGUGGCUAUGACAUUGAAGAUGCGCUUGUCUUGAACAAGGCCUCCCUAGACAGAGGUUUUGGGCGUUGUCUUGUGUAUAAAAAUGCUAAGUGCACAUUGAAGCGAUACACCAAUCAGACUUUUGAUAAGGUGAUGGGUCCCAUGUUGGAUGCUGCUACCAGAAAACCCAUCUGGCGACAUGAAAUCUUAGAUGCAGAUGGCAUUUGUUCUCCAGGUGAGAAAGUAGAAAACAAACAGGUGCUUGUAAACAAGUCCAUGCCCACAGUGACCCAGAUUCCUUUGGAAGGAAGUAGUGUGCCGCAGCAGCCGCAGUACAAAGACGUGCCCAUCACGUACAAAGGUGCCACAGACUCCUACAUUGAGAAAGUGAUGAUCUCUUCCAAUGCUGAGGACGCUUUCCUCAUCAAGAUGCUUCUGAGACAGACGCGGCGGCCAGAGAUCGGAGACAAGUUCAGCAGUCGUCAUGGACAGAAAGGUGUUUGCGGCCUGAUCGUCCCCCAGGAGGACAUGCCGUUCUGCGACUCUGGUAUCUGUCCCGACAUCAUAAUGAACCCGCACGGCUUCCCAUCGAGAAUGACGGUCGGAAAGUUAAUUGAGUUGCUGGCCGGCAAGGCGGGUGUGUUAGACGGCAGGUUCCACUACGGUACCGCCUUUGGAGGGAGUAAAGUAAAGGAUGUGUGUGAAGACCUCGUUCGCCAUGGCUACAACUACCUGGGGAAGGACUACGUCACCUCAGGCAUCACAGGGGAGCCCUUAGAAGCGUACAUCUACUUUGGACCCGUGUACUACCAGAAGCUGAAGCACAUGGUGCUGGAUAAGAUGCACGCCCGGGCCCGGGGACCACGCGCCGUGCUCACCAGGCAGCCCACUGAAGGGCGAUCUCGUGAUGGUGGCUUACGUCUUGGAGAAAUGGAACGUGAUUGUUUAAUCGGCUAUGGAGCAAGUAUGCUUUUGCUGGAGAGACUAAUGAUCUCAAGUGAUGCCUUUGAGGUUGACGUCUGUGGGCAGUGUGGACUCCUGGGAUAUUCUGGCUGGUGCCACUACUGCAAGUCGUCCUGCCACGUGUCCUCGCUCCGCAUCCCGUACGCCUGCAAGCUGCUCUUCCAGGAGUUGCAGUCCAUGAACAUCAUCCCCAGGUUGAAACUGGCCAAGUACAAUGAGUAAGGAUGGGACACGGCCGGACUCUGAGUGACUUCUGAGAGUCAAAACAAAGCUGAGAGGAGGAGCAGCAGCCUUCUGGGUUCCAAAAGGCUGACUGGACAGCCUUGACCAAGAGCUUUGAUUCACGGGAGAUGCCGGCCCCACAGACCGCAGCCUCGUGCCGAUUCACAGGGGCACACAAGCUAGAGAGGUUAUGAACUGCUGUUGAUUUUCUUUUGAUUUGAGUUAGAAUCUCACUCUGUAGUCCAGGCUGGAUUUGAGCUCAUCCCAAUCCUCCUGCCUCCAUCUCUCACAAGUGCUGGAUUUACAGGUAUGAGCAAGCAUGCCUGGCUUAUUUAUGUUGUUACAUUUUAAAAUGUACUGAUUUAGAAAAACCUUCCUUACAAUUCCCCGUGACAUCUUCUGGUUAACAGAACUCUGGUUUCUCAUCAAAUGUGCAGGAGGUAAAAAGUUGUAUCUGUUGGCGCAAACAUGAAGCCGAGUUCAUCCCCAGCGACCCACAUAAGAGCUGGACAUGCACCUAGCACCUGUGUGGGUCUGCUGCUGUGGAGGUGGGGUCGGGAGCAGCCAGGCAGGUCCUGAGCUUGCAGCCAGUGUAGCCAGUCAGGGCACUUUAGGUUCAGUGACAGAUCCUGGCUUAAGAACUGAAGCGGAGAGUGGUGAGGAAGACUCCCAGUGUCCACCUCCGGCCCCACGCACGUACGGAUAGUUAGACUUGUUGGAAGAAGUAAACGACACCCAGAGGGUGACACAUGGGCUCUCUGGGGUGUGGAAGGGCCAGCGGUUACAUCAAGUCUCACACACUGAGACUUGAGUCUUGGUGGGAUGUGAUCAGUGCAGCCCGCCUUACAAGAAUGUCCUUCCUUAAAUACCAGAUGGCAGUUAUUUUGAACCUCCAAAAUACCUGGGUACAGUGUGUGGACACGUGGUCAUGCCUGUCCCUUCCAUUCCUACCAGGAUGUUAAUUGUCCAUUCUCCCAACUGUUGUACCCUGAAGCCCAAUAAAUAUUUGUACUAAUGAUUAUUUAUAUUAAAAAAUAAAAGAGUCCAAAACAUUGAGUAAUGAAUGGUCCGGGCUCUGUUCUCAGCAUCGUGCCACAUGGAAAUGCUCCUGAGAUUACUGACAGGUCUGUGCACUGCAGAGAUCAGACUCCAGUGUGAACAAGAGGCUGAGGGGCCCCAGGACUUUUCAGACCACCGCUCACCCCAGGCUAAGACAGGUGGCCCAAGGGACCAAACUAGGCACUGACCUGAAGACUCACCCAUCUUGUGUUCCUCACAAUAAAGACGUGGAAGUCGGAACAGCUGCUCAGUCCAAGCAGAGGAGGCUGUGAGCGGGCAGCGUUCCUUCAGUGUGUGUGACGUCAGAGGAGGCACCACGUGUUCCCUGAAAGUCGGCUGUUCCCUGCUUCAUCGUACCUUUCUCCAUAUUGAUGGCCCCUCCACAUCACUGUACUUGGGCUGUGUGCUUCCUUGGUCCGCAGAGGGAUUUUUUCCUGCGGUGAUCUUGAUUCCACCAACUCCAUCAAGGUUGGUAAUCCCGCAGUGCCGGGCCGCGUUGUCACCGAGCACUCAGGUCCUUUGGGAGGAGUAGGCGGUGUUCUGGGUACUAGCACCAGGACAUGUCGCUCAGCACUCAGUACGAUGAAUGGAUGCACUGUAUUGGGGUAGAAGGAGCAGAACAUGCUUCUUGAUGAACGUGGAGUCCAGGAAGGUGGGCCAGUCUGUGAGCAGACCGAACUCAACUCAUGGGUGUUGUACAACACCCAUGCACACUGAGCCACGCUCACAAGCUUGAAGCACUUUUCAGGGUGAUUAGCUCCCUAUUACAGCCAAAGAAACUGGGACAGAGUAGCCAAGUGGCUCCCUAGACCACACCACCACAAGGGGUGGCAAGAGCUCCAAAGCCCCGGGCUGUUUGGCUUCAUCCACGAUGCACCCCAAGUGUGUUAGAUGUUUCCUGCAGACGAGAGGUGUGAUCACCCGGACAGUCGCUGCCUGUCUGGUGGAGGAAACGACAGUGCUCCGAGUUCACACCACUGAGGCGGCUUCGGGUCUAAACUGACAUCAGUCACAGGAAAGCAGCGGUUUCAAAGCUAGCAGAGGGCACCCUGUGAGCUGUUUGAGAACGUCAGUGAGGAGACGGCAGCGCUGGGCUGUGGCGCCGUGGUGGAUCACUUGCCCAGCACCCCGUUUAAAGUUAUUCUCGGCCCCUGCUUUAAAAGCUACCAAUUAGAUCCUAUUUUUAGUAAAGAUGGAUGAUUUCCUACAGGCCGCCCAUGAAGCGCCUUCCCCUGAGGGAAGGGUGAGAGUGGCAUGCGAUGCGGUGGGAGUCUCACCCAGACUCACCCUCGCGGAGGCUUCAGCGGAGCCAAGGGGCUGCGGAGACUCUCGGGUGUUGCCAAGGUACCCGACCAGACGGGCUGACAUCGCGCAGGCACGGGGAGAAAGCUCGCUGAGUGACUCGGACCUUCACUGCCCCCUGGGUCUGUCGGCUCAGGCUGCUGUGGCCGAGUACCACAGGAGGGGGGCUGAGGUGACGGGUUACUUUCUUAGUUACGAAGGUUCCUGUCAGCCAGCACCUUGAGUCCCCGGUGGCUUCUCCCUGGUGCACACUCAAAGCACACUUGGGCACCACUUCUCAGGACACCAGCCCCGCUGGUUAGCAGCCACUCGUCCGACAUCACUAGUUCUCUAAAGGGGCUGCUCUCUGGAUACGGCACAGCGACAGGGCUUCGGCAUGGAGACUGAGGAGACGGCUCAGUCCGUUGUACCCCUCGAGACAUUUGAAACAGUUCAGGACAGGACAAGCAGACCUGUGGGAAGUACCUAUUCAAACCCAGUCACCAGAACAGUUCACUCCUAGAUUUUGUGUGUGUGUGUGUGUGUGUGUGUGUGUGUGUGUGAGAGAGAGAGAGAGAGAGAGAGAGAGAGAGAGAGAGAGGGGGGGGAGUGUGUAUGUGGAUGCAUGUGUGUGAGGAUGUGUUGUGUGUAACAAUGAGAGUAUAGGGGGUGUGACUGAGUGUGGGGUUGUAAGUGUGACCAUGUGUGUGCGUGCAUGUGGGGGGGGUCAGUGUCCCCUGCAACAUUGUCAUAGCCCCAGGUUUUACAGAACCCCUACCUACUAACAACACUAAAUUACAGUAUGUCAUCACAGAAGAACACCUAGGAUGAUGAAAAUGAGUUGCUACUGCAUGUAAUAUCAGUCAUCUCAAAAAAAUUAAUUACUGGAAAAGCCCCCAAAGUUUAUAUAUUUUGUUGGUUCUUUUUGGCCUUUGGUGGUGCAGGGAGGAACA